CAGCAUGGCGUGCUGGGCGUUGUGGCAGAGGUUGCCCCCACGGUACCAGCUCACCACCAAAGAAAUGAUGAGCGAUGAGCUAGACUCUUGCCUCACCUCCCCGAGAACCCCACAGUCCCCCCGCACCUUGGACUCGCCACGGGUCAAGACACCAAACAGCCGACCAGACAGUUCACCCAGGAGGUCUCGCGUAAGUUCGGCUAGGGUGGAACCUCCAGGGAGUGCUAGUCGAGGUCAUGCCACAAUGUACUUUACUGUGACGUCACCGCGAGACGUGGAAGCAGAAACGAGCUGUAGCCCUCGGCCGGCGUUUCCAGUGAGGAAAUCGUCUUUCGUAAACAGUUUCAAACAGCAGCAGAGGAUCAACUCAGCCAGGCAGAUGUUUCAGGACCCGUCCACUGCAACUCCAAAAUCUUACACUCCGAAAAUGCGGGCCCGCACCGCACCCUCUACAUCAACCUCCCAGUUCCCGGUUACCCACUUAGCUAGUCAUCACCACAACACUGAAAUCUCGAAAAACGCAGUCGAAAACACAAGCAAGAAUGGGACUUCGACUCAGGCCGAGACAAACCACGUGGACUCAACAUCGUCUCCACGACGAAAAAGAAGUCCAUCAAAGAGUGCUGGGACUCGAUCACAACCCCAGGCCCCGCUAUCCGUGAACACCAUCGUGCCUUUUGAAACAACACCGAAACCGUUUUUAAAGAACCCUCUGUACCCAGACGUAAAUGGAAGACGCUACGUCGUUCGUGGGUUGAAUAACGCCACGAUGUUCAUCGACAACGAUAAAGUUGUUGUUAUCAAAAACAACAAACCGAACCAAGAAAAUUUCGACGAAAGUACGAGUUACAUUGCGCACUUACGCAAAUUGUAUUUGCAGGAACCCCGUGACAUUGCAAAGCUUUCAAAACCCCCCACAGAGAAAGAGCUGAAUAAAUCAAAGCUGAUACGUGAACGCCUCGAGUACGAGAAGCGAACUGACCAUAUACUGAACUAUUAUAGCCGUGAGAACGACGCAAGGGAAUUCAGUGAUGGCAACAGUAGGGGACGACCACAACCCAGCUCCCGACAAAUCCACACAUCCACAACGCCUAGAUCUGCUCGUGCGUUUAGCAGUCGAGACCGAAGGCAGACAUUUUCUUCCUCAGCCAGAUCCCCCACCAGGUCCCGCCCUCAGUCGGCCAGAGUGAACACAUCCCCUCGUCGAGCACCCCCAUACCAGCACGCCUGGCAACACCCCGAGCCGCAACACUACGGCAGCAAACGGGAUGCUCUAGCAGACUGGAACGUUUUCCUGAAGAUAAAUUCUCGCUCUACUCUCCACGAACGCCAGUUUUACUUACAGACACCAGGUUCUCCUCACCAGGAGGCCAAACCAGCGUCCCCUGACUGCUCGUGCCAGCUGUGCAGGCUGGAGCUGGAGAUGGCGUUGAUGCAAGGCCGUGAAGGUCACGGAGCAUUUCUGUCCCCGCCACACAGCACGACACAAACUCAAACACCCUGCACUGUAGAACGACAGGGCGACGACUUGCCGCGUUCAGGAAAGAAUUAUUCCUCUCGGAUAGCACCGUUACCUGGACAGCAACAUGCGCACUCGGAUGUAACUCAGCCUGGGAUCCAACGAGACGAGAAUGAACCUCACAGUCAUAUUCUUAGCCUGUCGAGCAGCCAGAAUCCGAGUAGAGAAAGCUCAAAACUGAAAGAAACAGAGAGAAGCCGUGCACUAAAUACAAAUCCAGUUGACGACCCACACAACAAACAGCUGACCCCAGGACCUGCUAGACAAAGCAUGUCUCUGGUCAUCCCAUCGGAGGAUAUGGGGAUCACACAAGAACAAAUGACGCACGACUCAGAAAAAGAAGAGUCUCGGAGUUCUGAGCGAAAUAUAGAAAAUGGUUCUCCUUCUCAGAAUGACGUAGAAGAAAAUCCCUCAGCCAUCCCUGAGAACGAAGACGAAUGCGUAUCAGAAGUCACUGCCAAGGUACAAGGGACCCCGGACUGUGCUGAAAGGGCGGACAUGAAAACUGAAACCUCCACUGAGGCUGAAGGAAGAGUGUUCUUUACGGUGAGCGAGUCAUUUCGUGCUGGUGACGAGCGAGGCCAGGACUUGGAUAAUGUGCAGGGAAUCAUCACCUCCCCUACAGAGGGCAUGCUUGACGACAAUAACAACAAUGAUACACGCGCUUCCUUUGAGCCUAUAUCUAUGUGAGCGUAGACUGCGUCACCACGUAACAGUUUCAAUGUACCAUUGCUAUUACUCCUACAGUUAAUUUCUGAAUUGUCAUUUCGUUGAGGGGACGCCAAACGACACAGUAAUUGUCGUGCUGCUGCAUUUUGUUUCUGGUGGUGAUAGUGACGAUGCUAAUGAUGAUGAAAAUAGAAAGGAGCAGGAGGUAGAGAGGAGGCGAGGUCUCUGUGGUUACUUCACUCGUAUCGCAUAAUAUACAUAAUAUGAUAUUUUUUUCUACACAAUUAUUGUGUCAUUUUGUUACCGUAUCAGGACCCGUUUCCCUUCUAUGACAUGCUUAUUGGUCCAAACGUUUGUUAGUAUGAACAUUUCAUGUAGGCAGAGAUUUCUUUGAAAACUGCCCACACUUGUUUAAUAUACCACUGACACAGUUGUCAAAAAGGAGCAACAGUCUUGUGAUCAAUUCAAAACAACGCCAGUGGAAGCUAAGAGACUGGAAUGGUGGAUAUGGCUCUACAAAUGAGUAAUAUAAUAUAGGUAAUGGAAUAAAACAAAGAAACAAAACUGCAAUUUUCAGUUUCACUAUCAACAUCAGCAGCAGCAGCAGCAGCAGCAGCAGUAUUUGAAUCAACUAUGAGUUUCCUGCAUGGCAGCAAAGAGAGCUGACGAAAACUGAAAUGAUUGUAUCUGUAAGAACCUCAACGUUUUGUUUGGGUUUUUUUUUUUUAUUUGGAACUUUGAAAUGACCUUGACUUGAUGACACACCAACCCCUUUACAAAACCCUCUGGAGAAAAGAAAAUUCAAGCGAAAAUGCCAUGUCAUUUGUUCUUAUUAUAUAAAGGAUACAGCUCGAUUCUUGAGACGAAAGGGCCCAUCUACAAAGAUAAUUAUGUCUUGCUGGUGCAAUCUUUAGAUUCAGACCCUUUAACAAAUUAACAGAGCCUUUUCCCAUGUCAGGCUGUCAUUACAGACAUUGUUUGCUUUGGCAAACCCAAUUAGAUUAAUUAGCAGCUGUGGUUAGGGUGAAUCCGCCAUCAAGUAAUUUAAGGAGCAAACGUUGAGAAUCCUUGAACAACUGCCUUUCAUGGUGAAGAUGUUAAACAUGUUCCCUUUGCCAACAAAAUGAGGCUCUAUUUUGGGGUUCAUUUGGUUUUGGGGAUUGUGUUGUAGUUUUCGUUUAAAAGUUUAUUUGGUGGCAGAGAAAGGGAGUAUGCAAGUAAUGUCCAAUUUUUAAAAGUGGAGAGGAUCCAAUAGGCAAGGAGCAUGACUCCGUCAUUUCGUUUACAUUACUUUUAUGUGAACUCUUACUUGAGUAGUUUCCCUUUGAUUGGGUUUCUCCUUUUAUCAUUCAAACCCCGUCUAGGCUUCAAAGUAAGAGUCUUUUUCAAAACUCGGUGGAAAUGUAUUCUUUAAAACAUUUUCCAUUGGUUAUAAGUAUUCAUAGCUCACAAUCGUUUGCUUUAAGAGUGAAACCAGUUUCCAUAGUUUCUCAAUCUAACCCCCCACCCCACCAAAAAAGAAACAAUCCAUGAUUAUAAGAUACAUAUAUUUUUUGUACGUAUUACUGGUUUGCUUGCCUUUCACAAAAUCAUUUAAUACCAACUGGUGUCAUAAGAAAAAUGUAGAGUAUGAACACAAUCAAUUCUUGUCCUUGUGCUACUUCAUGGUGAAAUCGGUGCUGUAGCCAUACUCGUAACUAGCAUCUACCUUGAAGGGGAAAAAAUCAAAUGAGUUAGUAUUUAAUGAAAGUCACGAGGGACACUCACUAUUAAAAACAAUCAGGAAAAGACAAAUGCAGUUGUUGGGAAACCUGAAUAGAAAUAAAGGUCUUGAACAUCUAGCUGUCACUGGCAAAACUGAAGGCAAACGAGGCAGGGGUAGGCCCAGAGCAACCUAUU